GUGGGAGCAGUUGACCAAACUCCACGCUGUAUACCUCCGAUCUCCAACUUCCUCUUGACCUCUGUCAAUUCAUCCUUUACACAUCUCACCGCCCACCCACCGUCACCAUGGCAUCCGACGCUACAGGCUCGCGAGUCGAGCUCUACGACUCCGCCCUGACUGUCCCCUCCGAUUCGGAAAACUACUCGGCAAACAACGAGUCACCCUCCUCGCCCCCUUCCACCUCCAGUUCUCCCAUGAUUCUCUACAAGCCUCCGACAAUCUGGGGUCUCAUCCGUGGUGCAGCGAUCAACCUUUUGCUCCCCUUUGUGAACGGUCUCAUGCUGGGCUUUGGCGAGCUGUUUGCCCAUGAAGCGGCCUUCCGCCUGGGAUGGUCUAACACCAAGAUCUUCCCAAUGUACCGCCGAUCACAUCCCGUGGGCCCUGGAGUCGAGGUUCGGGAGCUUCCUUCAGAGCGGAGGCGGGUUACCUCCGCUGCUGGCUUGAACGACACUGCGGCUUUGGAAUAAGUGGGGGCCAUUGGUCAGAAUGCCUGGCUCUAUUGACACAAUAUUUUCUCUAAAACUCAGAUCUGCAUUGAUAUGGGAAACACAAAACUGGUACAUGUCUGUUUGGAGAGAUACCUGACCUCGGGUCAACACUUGGAUGUAGCGCAUGUACAUAGACUGCUCAGCUGGCGUCUGGCGAAUUGGAUUUUCAUUUCACAUAUUGCUUAGAAUA